AUGAUACAUUUUAUUUUAGAGGAUGGCGCUAAGUUUCGGCUUGCUGAAGAUUUACCAACUUUACAUAAAAUUAUAAACGUAUUGGAAAAUGGUUCUGCUCAUAAAGCUUUGUUGCGUAACGAUGAUCGUUUGAUUGAAAUCAAUGGACAAGAUGUAAAAUCUAUGUCUUAUGCAGAAUGUGUGCGAUUUCUUCAAAAUACUGGAGAUACAGUAACAAUCAAAGUAAUUCGUUUAUCUGGAGAAAAUACUAUUAGCCCAUCUCUUCUACCAUCUAUUAUAGUUACUGCUGAACCGAGUGUAGAAAAUCAAAGUUUUAACAUCAAUAUUCCAGACUUUUUAAAACCAAAUCGUUGCAUAUAUUCAAUCAAAGUUGAUUAUAAUGAUUCUUCAAUUAUUCAAUGUUUCGAAAUCCUUAAACCUCAUUGUCAAAAUCCAGAAGAUUCAUUGGAUCCUACAUUCAAUACUAUUGUUAAUGACCCACUCGAUGCAAAUAUACUUUGUCAAAUUUUGAGCAAUCAAACGUCUACAACUGAAGCUUUGACCGCAUAUGUCGUUGAUAGUCUUAAACGAUAUCAUGCUCUUAAUGACAUAAUAGUUCUUCUCUCAGACGCUCUUGAGUCAUUAGUUGAAACUGGUGCUGGUAAUAAAUAUGAAAUGCUCGUCGAUCAACUCACCAAAAGAAUGUUACUUGUUCAGACUCUUGAGAAUAUGUCUUAUGAUAGUCAACGUUUUCUAUGCAAUUUCAUUCGAAAAAAUGAUUUACCUAUUCCAUUAUCAUAUCAAUUUUGGAAUUCAACAGAAAAAACAAUGUAG